AUGAGGAUAACUUUCGGCUCGCUGGUGAUCACCGCGGGCAUCUGCGGCAUCCUGAGCUUCGCUUUGUUGGCGGCUGCCAUCGGAAGUCAGUACUGGUACAUCAUAGAGAUCAAUCCGCUGAACACGAGCGACGUUGAGGACAUGAACUCCCACUCAGGACUGUGGAGAACCAGCGAAGGUGGGAAGGAGUACGCUUUCAUAGCCAACCACUCUCAGUACUCAGAGUUCGAGCUGCACAUGCUGAGCAUGCACAGUGUGAUUGUGGUGGUGCUUCCACUCAGCCUGGUCCUAAUGGCCUUUGGCGGAAUCUGCGGAUUGGUCAGCUCACUGGCUCGGAGCCCCGCCCUCCUGACCUGCACCGCCUCCUACUUCUUUGUGUGCAGUCUGCUGACGCUGAGCGGUGUGAGCCUGUACAUCAUCUACUCCCACCAGGUCCUGGCAGAGACGGAGAGGCUGGUGGGGAAGGAGGGCCUGGCCCUUGUUACCACCUCCUUCGGCUGGUCUCUGGGCAUGGCCUGGCUCUCCUACGGCCUGGAGCUCCUCACCGCCCUGCUGCUGCUCGUAGCCGCCCACAUAGCCAGGGUGCAGUAG